AUGCCAGACAUUUACUCUUUGAACCCCAGGACUCUGGACCGGUGCUUCUGUAUCAUCACAGGAGCCUCCAAGGGAUUUGGACAGGUGGUGGCACACAAAGUGUCCCACUUGCUGAAGCCCGGCUCUGUCCUCCUGCUGGUAGCUCGCUCUAAAACUCUGCUGCAAGACAUGAAGGACAAGCUGCAGAGCUUCACUGAGGAACAGCAGCUGGUGGUUCUCUACAUAGCUGUCAAUCUCAGCAGGAGAGAGGGGGUGAAUGAAACAGUCAGGGUGGCAAGGCAGGAAGCUGUAAAUGAAACAGAUCAUGUGCUUCUUAUCAACAAUGCUGCCUCACUGGGUGACAUUUUUGUAAGUUUCACUGAUGCUGAUGAGGUGAACUCCUAACUGUCCGUCAACAUUAGCAAUGCUCUGGCACUGACUGCAGGAAUCCUGCAGGUAUUUAUAUGCAGACAAGGCAUACGAUGGAGAAUGGUAAGGCCUUUCCCUCCUGGGGUGCUGUACUGCACUGCCAAAGUAGCCAGAAAGAUGAUGUUCACGGUACUGGCUGAGGAGGACCCAAAUGUCAAAGUCCUCAGCUACUCUACCGGUCCUAUGGACACAGAGAUGCAGAAGCACAUUCAGAUUGGCGUCAGUUAUGAUCUGUUUCCCUGCCAGGAGUCUGUGGCCAAACUGAUGAAGCUGCUCCUGGACAAUGACUUCUCCUCAGGGGCACUCCUGGACGUCUUCGAAGUGUGA